GGUAUGAAGCCCUCAUCCUGGUUGUACUGUAUCUGGCCUACAUUGCCUUGAUGUACUUCAACUCUGCCAUUGAAGAAUGGAUUGUACUAAAGUUUAAAAGCUGUUGUAAGCCUUACUCCAAGAGAAAGAAUGAACCAGAAAAUGUGGCUUUGUAUGAGAAACUGAGGAACCCUGGGAAGGUGAAUGGGGCGGUGUCAAAAUGGAAAAUGGUGGAGAUAAAUGGGACAGUGUACAGACUGCGUCCCCAGACUCGGAUUACAACUCUGAGGAGGAUGCCGGUGAUCAGGACAUCAUGUAUAAAGAGAUCGGACCCAGGUCAAAUGAGGAGCCGGAGUCGGUGUUCGAGAUGCCAGCCGGUUGUAUACGACGGAGUAUAUUUGUCAUAUCGGUUCCUAUUAAAGUACUCCUGUACCUAACGGUGCCGGACUGUCGUCGCCAGCGGUGGAGGAAGUGCUUUAUACUGACGUUUUCCCUGUCUCUAGUCUGGUUGUCUGUGUUUUCAUACAUCAUGGUGUGGAUGAUUACCAUUAUAGGUUACACCCUUUAUAUACCUGACACAAUAAUGGCACUGACCUUUGUGGCCUUUGGGGUCAGUCUACCCGAUGUGAUAUCCAGUGUCAUUGUGGUCAGAGAAGGCCUAGGUGAUAUGGCGGUUUCUAAUGCUGUCGGAAGCAACGUCUUCGACAUUCUGAUUUGUCUAGGAAUUCCCUGGUUUCUGAAGUGUGCUUUGUCCAAGUUUAAAAAGCCGGUACAGGUGUACAGUGAAGGUCUGCUAUACUCCAGUCUGACACUACUGUUGACGGUAGUCUUUCUUCUGGUGGGCACCCACCUUAAUGGAUGGAGACUUACAAAGAAGUACGGAGUCGUGCUGAUGAUUGUCUACUUCCUGUUCACCAUAUUAACAUCUUUGUAUGAAGUCAAUGUGUUUGGUUAUGUACACCCAAAGGAAUGACAUAGAAGUGAUUGAUUUUAAUCUGUGGUUAGAAUAUUGUUAAUACAUACAGUUUUGUGUUGUUUUCUUUUCUUUUCUUUUCGUUUUUUUUUAUUUGCUUUUUUUGUUUCCUUAUUCCAAAUAUUGAUGAAUUGACACUGUGAUCUGAAUAUAUACAUUAUUUUGUAUUCAAUAUAUUAGUUAAAUAGUGUUUUACAGUGUAAAUCCUAGGUUAUUUUUACACAGCCACUUGAUGUGGUGCUAGCUCUUGUUUUAAUUGGUUCAGGGUCCAUUUGUGUCUUGUAAAAUAAUCAAACUUUCCCCCUAACAAUUUCUGUUCAAUAAAUGGAUUUAAAAUUUAUAAUUGAUUAUAUCAGUUAAAAUCAUAUCGAACAUGAUUGUUAGUUUUUAUGUGACCUUUAAAACUUACACUAAAUUUUAUUUGUAUGCCAUCAUUCCUCAUUUUUCUUGUAUGACAAUUUUUUGUUGUCAUGCAGUUUCUCUAUUUGAAAUCUCUACUAUUUUACAUGAAAUAUAUACUUUACAAAGUAAGUAAUUUAUUGUGAUAUUUAUCAAAAAACGUGAGGGUAUUUGAAAUAAAAGCAAGGAUGAUGCUGUGAUCAGAAAUAUAUCUAAAUAUUUUAUUUUUAUAUGAUCAUGUGAUUUUUUAAUGUGAUGUCACUACUUCAUUCCUGAUGACAUGUGUAAACUAUGUUUUAAAUGUAAUACAGUUUGAAAGUUUUUAUGAAAAUAGAUUGGUGUGUUACAAACAUCGUAUAAAAGUCUAUUGUUAAACAUUAAAUUGUAUGAUUUUGUGUUUGUGCCAUGUACAAUUUAUUAUAUGUUUAUUAUUCAUCACUGUAAAGAGAUAUGUAGCACUGAAAUUGAAAUUUUGGUUAUUUUUUGCUUUUGUCCAACUCAUAGAGAGUGCUACAACUCCAAACUAGGAAACUAUUUGUUGUUUCAGGUAAAUUUGGUGUAAAUACACGUGUAUACCCCUGUAAAUUCCUAAAUACAAUGUAUAUGCGAGGAAAUGUUUUGGCGCAUAAUUUAACUAGAAACACCACUUGCAAAAUAAUAAUGCUUGAAGUUUUACUUUUAUAUUGCUGAAAUAUAUGUGAAAACUGUUGAUCAACAAAUCCACUCACAAAUUCAUGUUGUUGCAAUUUGACGUCUAUGGUUCAUUUCGUGAUAUAAGUACUCGCGUAAAAUAAGAAAUCUACAUUAUCUACACAAGAUACUUUAUUUACAUAUAUAUGCCCAAUGCUCAGACAGGUGGGUCGUUGAGGAGAAACGAAACGAUAUUUUAAUCUAGAUCAUUAUUGUAGUCACAGUGUCUUUUUUUAUUUCCUCUCGUACUUUAAGUAUUAAUGAAAUUUUUCAUCGAGUAAAUAUUGGGAAUAUACUAUUUCUUUAUCGUUUUUCAGCUAUUGUUAAAAUAAUUUUUCUCUGUGUUGAAAUUAUGAACGUCAGUUUGUGUCACUCGCACCUAAACCCCAUGUCGGACUUUAAAUCCCCAAAAUAAAUUUUGUCAAAAUAGC